ACCAAACCCACUAGUUAUGCCUACAAAAGAUGUCAUCAAAAACACUACCGUAACUCGGCCUUUCUUUUUCUAAUCUGGUUUUUCUCGGUACACACAAGGCAAGCUUAUUGGCGGUAUUUUGUAGGCGCUAUCUGCCAACACUGAUAGCUAGCAUUCUCCGGAACGAACCGGGGCGUUCUCGCGCAUCGUACUUUAGGCUCGCAUUUCCAAAGUUUGUUCUUUAUUGUACGGCAUUUCAGCAUGAGCACCAGCACUAGUAAAAGCGCGCGCUUCUCUUCGCGUUCUCGAAUGAAGAAAACUGAGGUGUUUGCAUGUCAGUACUGCGACCAGCGGUGCGCGUCGAAGCGCAAUGUGCAGAGGCACAUACAAAAUGUGCACAAGAUACCCAUUUCGCAGCAGAAGUUGCCGAAGUAUGAGUGCGACGAGUGUCAAGGUGUGUUCUACACUAUACGCGAACUCAGGUCGCACCAUGUUAGCGAGCAUCAUUUCCAGCCGACGUACGAGAAGCAUCACUUUCCGACAAUGGCAGACUUCAAGUCCUGGAAGGAAAAGGUGGAGAGGGACACUCGCAGUCGCUUCGCUCAUACAACAGGUGCAAAGAAGAAUUCCAUUGGAACGAAGAUUUCAUACUUCACCUGCCACCGAUCUGGAAGUUAUGCUUCACAAGCUGUAGUAAGGCGGAAGAGGAAGCGGGCUGGAAGCAUCAAAUGUGGAAAGAUAUGUUUUGCAACAAUGACUGUCGCCGAAGCCAAGACAGGAGUUAGUGUGACGUUCCAACGCAAGCACAGGGGCCACGACUUUGACUUGUGCCAUGUUUUUCUGUCCAAGUCGGAGAGAGGUGCUCUUGCAGCCAAGCUUCGAGAGGGUGUACCCAUGAAGGCAAUACUGGAGGAUGCACGAGCCAACGUGGAUGAGACAUUCCAUCGCAUGAAUCGGAUAACCAGGCAGGACCUCCACAGCAUCAUGAGGGAUGCCAGAAAUGCUGAGCGCCUGGACGCCAAGGACUACGUCAGCGUGCAGCUUUGGGUCGAGAGGAUGCACGGGGAAAGGGACAACCCAGUGCUCUUCUUCAAACAUCAAGGACAGCCCGACAAGAGUGACAUUCUGGAGAGAAGCAGUGAGGAGCUCUUGGAAGACAGAGACUUCAUGUUGGUCAUCAUGACCCAGCCGCAGCAGGAGCUUUUCAGUAUGGUCGGAGCUGGCUGUGUGUGUGUUGACGGAACGCAUGGAAGAGCAGCAGGGCUUGACUUGCAGGUUAUAACAGUGCUUGGCUUGGAUGAAUGUGGUGCUGGGUUUCCAGUGGCAUACUGUAUUACCAAUCGCACGGACCAGAAAGCCAUGUGCAUCUUCUUUGCGGCAGUCAGGUCCAGGACAGGCCCGGUUGCAGCCAAAACCUUCAUGACUGACGACGUACCUACAUUCAACAACGCUUGGCAAGAAGUGAUGGGGCAGCCUCAGCAACACCUCUUGUGUGCUUGGCACGUGGAUAAGAGCUUGCGGCAAGCCAUCAAGAAGCACAUCCGGGACAAUAAACGGAAGGUCUUCGCUUACAAGGCCGUCAAGGGCAUCAUGGACGCUCCAGAUGAGGAGGCACUUGAAGUACAGAUCAAGGACUUCUUGCACUGGUCUGAUCUGGAAUCCAACGAAGAAGCAGGCGUCCUCGGUUUCAAGGAAUACUUUCUGCACCACUAUGCAGAGCGGGCCGAAAGCUGGGCAGGCUGUUUCAGGAAGGGUGCUGGGAACAAGAACCACAUGCACCUUGAUGCAUUGCAUAAAGUACUCAAGCACUGGCACUCGCAAGAAAAAGCAGACAAAAAGGUAGACAAGCUGGUGUCAUUACUUCUAAAGGUGACGAGGGAUACAGUGUUCGACCACCUGGCAAGGUUUAUGGGGAAUGCAGAAAGCGAAUUUGAGCGUGCUACCCGAGCAAGACACACCAAGGGCCUAAACAUAGCACCCAAUCAAAUCGGCAUCGUGGCUUUCCGUCAGUGGGCAGUCAAUUCACAAACGUACGACGCAACCACAUAUGCUGUGACCCUUGAACGCACGAAGUGCUGCGAUGCGUGCGGACUGGCGUGCACUGCGUGCAAAGUCUGCAUCCACAAUGUUACGUGCUCUUGUGCAGAUUACGAGCUGCGGAGAAACCUGUGUAAACACAUCCACGCUGUAUUCACAGGCAGACCUACACACAGCUACAGUCCACACUCCGACGAAGGCGACGUGGACUCAAUGGAUGUGCCGGACGAACCGCAGUGUGUGGCCGUUGAAGUCGAAGAAUGUCCCGAUGUUGGAGCCAAUGUGGAAGUUUUGAUGGAUUUGAAGCAAGACCUGUCGGAUAUUCUGAAGCCUGCAACAAAGGGCGAGCAUUGUUAUUUCUGCAGUGCUUCGCCGAGCGAUGGAUCAGAUAUUUCAGACCAUACAACACGGGAGCAAGCAUUACGAUGCCUGAUUGACCACAACUACUGUUGGACACCUUACGGUGAGACGCAGACUGAGGAAACGACUCCUGGGACAGGGCAUUCUCAAGCUGUGCAGGCAAACUUUUUAUUGAAGGCAAGGAAAACAAGAACGCUAGGAACGCAAACUUAGUCGUGGAGUUGGACCUCCAGAUGACGGGCUGUAGUUGACAUGCGCUCUUCAGUUGCCGCUCCCAUGAUUACCCUUGCUGAUAUGAGUUACAGUUUGUGCUGGACCGCUUUUCGCUCGAAGCUUCGAGAACCAUUUGGAGCGUUCUUGGUGCGUCAUUGUCACCCUCUUGUUGUGCGGCUAAGCCCGAAGACGGCAGCCUGCCACAUUUUGAUAGAAAUUAAAUGCAAAAACGUCCUUGUACCAUGCUUUGGGUGCACAUUAAUAAACCGCAGGUAGUCAAAAUUAAUCCGGAGUUCCACCACUACAUGGUGCCUCAUGAUCAUAUUG